AUGCUGAAAUGGAGUUCUCAGGAAGAUGCCGCCGUAAUCAAUCUCUACGAAGUGUGCGGCCCCCAAUGGGUUACUAUAUCCCGUAUCCUAGGCACCAAGUCUGCUAAGCAGUGCUCACAAAGAUGGCAUAGUACGCUGCGUCCCGGAAUUAACAGAAGACCGUUUACUACCAUUGAACAUGAAGCGGUUAGACGGCUGUAUUGUGUGCAUGGUGCCAGGUGGGCCAGGAUCUCCUCAAGCCUCCCUGAUCGCAAUCCGGGGAUGGUGAAAGCUAGCUGGGAGGAAAUGGAAGAAGAAAGAAAACGGAUCCGGGCUCGAAUGUCAGUAGCGCGUCUGCUAAAUUAA